GGAACUACAACUCCCGGCACGCCUUGCGGCACAUGUCCGCUGUGCAACCCGCUGUAGUCGGGCGCAUCUUCCAGUGUCACCGCAGACAUGGCCGCCCGCAUAGCAUGGCUUAUCCGGAGGGCUCGUCUAGAGAGGGUCACCGGCCGGCGGAGCCUAUGUGCUGGAGCUCCCGCCUCCCCUCCGGCCAAAUUACCCACAUUCACAGAUCGAGAGGUGCAGAGUAUUCUGAAGAAGAUAACGGGUCUGAAUUUGGACAAAGUGUUCCAGCCGGCCAAGCAGGAAUCCAAACCACCCACUUACAAGCUAAUGACACAGCAGCAGUAUGAAGAGGCUGUCCGGAGCGCUGCAGAGCUUGCCGAGCAAUACCUGGAGAUGCCACCGAUGCUUAGCGAGCGCACACCUAUAGAUGAAACCUUGGCUGUGGAUGAGAUCCUUUCUGGUACAGAAACUGCCAAAUUAGUGUUCACUGACAUCACGUACAGUACACCGCAUCAUGAAAGAUUUAUUGUAGUAAGGGAGCCGAAUGGUGUCCUGCGGAAAGCCACCUGGGAAGAGAGAGACCGAAUGAUCCAAGUGUAUUUCCCCCGUCAAGGUCGUAAAAUAUUCCACCCGCCUGUCUUUCGAGAGGAAAACAUGAAGCGUCUUUUUCAAGAAGAUCGACAUGAGGAGCUUCUAAACCGUUGCAUUGUGCAGUAUGAGCCAGAUUCUGCUGAAUACAUUAAGAUAAGAGACCAUACGUUUGAGGACAUCAACAGGCAGAGAAAGUAUCAUUUGCUUCGUUCCACACGCCACUUUGGCGGUAUGGCGUGGCACCUAUGUUCUAAUAAGAACAUUGAUGGACUUCUUAUAGAUAUGCUUCAAAGAGAUUUGCUAGAGGAUGCAGUCUGUUUGGUGAGACUAUAUCACAUGAUGCAUCCGGAUACAGCGUGUGCAAAAGAGUCACAGGGGGCUGAUGACCGAGAACUUAUCAAGCUGUUUGUGAAAAUGGAGGCACAGAAACCAGGAUAUAUAGAACUAGCUCUGCAAGCAUAUCCUAUAACAACAAGUGGUGCGGCUUCUUCAUGACAGGACUGAUUGAGUUAUCUGGCAUCACUUCAGUUUCAUGAAGCGGUCUGUCAGACCAGGAACAGCAUCAUCUAAGUGUGUUACUCUGCAGCACCAAAAUCUAAUUCUCCUAUCUGUGAUUCUAAGGGUGCUGAUGGACACUCAAUCAUUUGUUCCCUGCUGUUGUAAUAUAGUACCUGCAUCAUUUCUUUCUAAAUAAAGGUCUAAUAAAACCCAA